AUGUACGACAGUAUCGUGGGGUGGGACGUACGUGCCACGUGCUAUCUCUCCCCCUUCUCCGGAGAACAGCACAAUGUGCUUUGGCUCCAAGCUCCAACACGUCUCAUUCUCUCUCGCUGUCUCUCCUCGCUCCUGUGCGUCCCUGGGAUCAGCACUCACGGGGAGCGAUGUCCGUGGUUACCGUUCAAGUUGGACAAUGCGGCAACCAACUGGGGGCAAGCCUCUUCCAGGCUCUUCACGACCACGCUGACCAGCCACCCGCUCACCACGGCUACACUUCAGGUGCGGAAUUGGAGCGAGCGAGGUCAGCUUGCCGUCAAAGCUUCUUCCGCGACGGAGGCGUAGCGAGAGCAGUCAUCAUCGACACCGAGCCCAAGGUCAUCCAACGCAUCGUUGCCACGCGCGGAAGAGCAGAAAGCACAGGAGCAGGAGCCAGUAGAGUUGCAGGAGGAAGAGAGAGCGCCUAUGGAAAAACGACCCAAAGUCGUACCAACACCACUGGUGAUAGGAAUCACAGCACGGUUGGAGGUGGNGUGGGGGGGGGGGGUGGAGGGGAGACAGCGUGUGGGAGGGAGUUUGGUUGAGAUUCGAUUCCUGAUCGCUACAGUUUUACUCUGGGCCGGCUCAUCGGAAGUGGUUGGCGAGACGUGGCAUGUAAAUCCGAUACAGUAGAGGUUCGUGUUUACGGGCACAUAUUUCAGGCCAGUUGCCCUGUUUACGGCCGGUGAAAUUGGUGGGCACGGAUGGAAUGUUCAAGUUGUCUCAUACUCUGAAUAGUGCCGGGUGCCCAGUUUGAGGCCGGUGUUUUCCCUGUGAGUAUGGCGGCCUUAAACAGGGACCUCUACUGUACAAGAAUCGCCUACGUGAGGCACGCUACCUGCGCCCCCACAUGUCAAUCGAUUUUGCCAAUAUGGGAUGCACAGUAGUUGUUCGCACGGUGCACGUGUGAAGGUACAGCAAUUGGAGACGAUUUUGAAACAAAAUGUUUCCAUAUGACAUCAUGUCUGCAACGACUUCUACAGAUGCGACCGCCUGGCGGGGCUCUGCAUCCUCCACAGCCUGGCGGGCGGGACGGGAUCCGGCUUGGGUACAUGUCUUACAGAGGCGCUGCGGGAUGAGUUACCGUCAGCCUUCUUGCUCAACACCGUGGUGGGUGCCCACAGCUCGGGCGAGGUCAUCCUUCAAAACUACAACACUCUGUUUACUCUGAACAAGCUUGCCAAAUGCUCGGACGGGGUCCUGGUGGUUGAAAACGAUGCGGCGACAGCUGUGUGCCGGAAGCUCCUCCGACUGGAGCGUCCUUCCCACACGGACUUGAACGAGGUCAUAUGCAGCAGCCUGGUGGGUGCUCUCACUCCGACGACGACGGCGACGACUGCGCCUGCCGCGUCCGCAUCGGCGAUGGGAACCG